AGAUUUCUGAUAUUUCCCCGUCAGACAUUAUUUAUCUGAUGGUGUUUUUAUCACCAGCCGCCUCUCUGUCUCUCGUCCAGAUCGCAGAAACUUUGUUGUCGAAUCCCCAAAUCCUCUUUUCUUUUUCGAUUUAGGGUUAGGGUUUAAAUCUACAGCUCCAAUUAUCAUGGCGGCUUUAAAGGAAUUACUGCCUCCGGUGAAAUCAACCAGCGCAACUUAUUAUGAUCAUUCAAAUGAUCCGUGGUUCAAGCAGAGGUUUAGUUCAUCUCAGGUUGAACAAUCUGCUGGUGGUGGUGGGAUCAAUUAUAAACCUGUACCUCUUUACUUGCAGCGGAAGGGUUUUGUUCCCAGGAAAGUUGAAGAUUUUGGAGAUGGGGGUGCGUUUCCAGAGAUUCAUGUUGCGCAGUACCCUCUUGAUAUGGGUAGGAAUAAGUCUGCGAAACCUGGGUCCAAGAUUUUGGCUUUGACUGUUGAUGCUCAUGGGAAUGUUGCGUAUGACGCUAUUGUGAGACAGAAUGAGAAUGCUAAGAAGAUUGUGUAUUCUCAGCAUAAGGAUUUGAUUCCGAAGAUUUUGAGGAGUGAGGAAGAGGGAGAUGAGGAUGGCGAUGGGGAUGGGGAUGAGGAAUUGCAGAAAGAGAUCGAGGACACUACGCUGGAAACUAAAGCUGCGCUUGAAAAGAUUGUGAAUGUCAGAUUGAGUGCAGCGCAGCCGAAGAACGUGCCCAAACAGUCUUCGGAUUCCAAGUAUAUAAAGUACAAGCCUUCGCAGCAGUCGGCAGCGUUUAACUCGGGUGCAAAAGAGAGGAUUAUUAGAAUGGUGGAGAUGCCUGUGGACCCACUUGAGCCACCUAAGUUCAAGCAUAAGAGGGUUCCUAAGGCUUCGGGAUCACCACCUGUGCCAGUUAUGCACUCGCCACCUCGACCUGUGACUGUGAAAGAUCAGCAGGAUUGGAAAAUCCCACCUUGUAUCUCGAAUUGGAAAAAUCCUAAGGGUUACACAAUUCCUCUUGAUAAGCGUCUGGCUGCUGAUGGAAGAGGUUUGCAGGAUGUUCAAAUUAAUGAUAAUUUUGCUAAGCUGUCAGAAGCCCUUUAUGUUGCUGAGCAAAAGGCUAGAGAAGCUGUUGCUAUGAGAUCCAAGGUUCAAAAGGAGAUGAUGAUGAAGGAGAAGGAAAGGAAAGAGCAGGAGUUGCGGGCAUUAGCUCAGAAAGCACGUUCUGAGAGAACCGGUGCAGCACCCCCACCUUCUGCUCCAGUUCCAUUAGAGAGGGGUGCAAUGGAUGAUGUUGACAUGAGAGGGGAUUAUGAACACGUGAAGGAAAGGGAGAGGGAUGCCCCAAAGGAGACAAGGGAAGAGAGGGAAGAGAGGCUGCGGCGUGAGAAAAUUCGAGAGGAGCGCCGUCGAGAAAGGGAGAGAGAAAGAAGACUGGAAGCAAAAGAUGCUGCAAUGGGUAAGAAGAGCAAGAUCACAAGAGAUAGAGAUCGUGACAUCAGUGAGAAGGUUGCUCUUGGUAUGGCCUCUACUGGAGCUGGGAAAGGGGGAGAAGUUGCAUAUGAUCAAAGGUUGUUCAACCAAGAGAAAGGAAUGGAUUCUGGUUUUGCUGCUGAUGAUCAAUACAGUGUGUAUGAUAAAGGCCUUUUCACGGCUCAGCCCACACUUUCAACUCUAUACCGGCCGAAGAAAGAUGUUGAUGCUGAAAUGUAUGGAGGCGCAGAUGAGCAAUUAGAUAAGAUAAUGAAGACAGAACGAUUCAAACCUGACAAGGAAUUUGCUGGUACUUCACAGAGGACCGGUCCACGUGACAGGCCAGUUGAGUUUGAGAAGGAUGAAGAAGAAGCUGAUCCAUUUGGUCUGGAUCAGUUCUUGACUGAAGUAAAGAAGGGUAAGAAACCGACAGACAAAGUUGGUACUGGUGGCACAAUGAGAGCUAGUGCAGGAUCUUCAAUGCGAGAUGGCCAUGAUGGAGGCUCUGGUAGAACUCGUAUUGGAUUUGAGAGAGGGCGUUAGGUAUCCUGCUUUGAAAGUUUUAUUUAUGGCAAAAUUGUGUAGUAUGAACAAAUGGUUUGUCGCCCCACCCUCCUCCCCUGGCUUUUCUGUUUUCCGCUGCUGUAAUGUUUUAACUUGAAGCUUGAUUUUUGGUUGAUGCUAAACUACAAACCCCUGAGCUUGAUUAUUCAUUUAUUUAGCUGGGAUUGAACUGUCAGGGUGUUGAUUAAUCAACAGCAAUUGACAAGGUGAUAGCCAGGACAGGCGCAUAUCUCUUGUGAAACUGCUUGAUAUUCUGAUGGAGAGUGGUUCAUAACAUCUUCCUGGAUAGAAACUUUGCUGGUCUAGUUUCAUAUUUAAAUGUUUGAAACCACGCAACUGUUCAAACAACAAAAUUUUGUAUGAUGCUCCAUGCUUAUCUCUCCUGCAUUUGGAUUUGCCAUGUACUGAAAGAGAAGUAGUAUUAUCCAUCACUUUAAGCAGGUUUUGUGUAAGCAUCCCUUGGGCCUUUAUCUGGUGGCUGGAUAUGAGAAGCAGUGUAUGGUGGUUAUGGUAUUUUAAGAUUUUGUUGUUUUUCA